CCGGUGGCGGUUCCGGCGGCGGCGGCGGCGGCGAGGACGGACGGAGGGACGCCCGGACGGACGCCUGGAGUCGGAGCCGAGACGCGACGGAGACCGAGACUGAGGCUUCGCCGGGGGUCCGAGAGUAACGCGGAGCCGAGAGCAGGCGGGAUGUGGGAGCGGAGCUUCAGCUCCUGAGCGCCCAGCCGGGGCCGCGCCCCCCGCCCCCCUGCCCCAGGCCUCUCUCCACCCAUUUCCCGGGCCUCGCUGCUCUGAGCCGAGCGGGCCGGUGAGGAGACGCCCCCGCCCCGCCUUCCCGGGGAGCCCCCUUCGGAGACGUCGCCCCGCCCCUCCCCUCCCCUCCCGGGAGCCCCUUCCCCAAGCUGUCCAGAGCCUCGGUUCUGGUCCCAAGUCCGUAGCUCUCCCCGCAAACCUCCCAGCCCUCCCCCGAAGUCCCCCCUGAUAGGGAAUCCCGGUGCUCCUCCAGUCUCCCUGCAGAGACUCGCCUUUCCCUCUUGUCUCCUCAAAGACCUGCCCCUUUGUCCUAGACUGAGGUCUCACCCCUUUUACACACACACACACACACACACACACACACACACACACACACACUCUCUCUCUCUCUCUCUCUCUCUCUCACACUAACUCUCCACCCCCUCCCCACUUGUCCAUACUCCACUCCCUAGGCUCGUCAGAUACACCCCACUCCUCCUUUCCCAAAAGAAUUGGGAAAUCCCUUUUAACUGUCCUCAGGGACUUGCCCUCUCCUUCCCCAAGCUGUCAUCAGAAACCUAUCCCAAAUCCCAGAAACCUGCCUCUUCACUUUUCACAGGCUCCCCCUAUACCUCCAUCUCUUCAAAGAUUCCCAUUUCCUCAUAGGAAUCUCUCCUUCCUCUGUUGACUUUUUUUUUUAGCAGAUUUCCACUCCCUUCCCGAAAACAAAACAACACUUCAGCUUGGGGAAUUUCUCUUUUUCUAACAAGGGCAGCCUCCUCUCAUAGUCCCUUCCUCAGUGGGGAUUCUUAAGGUACCCUCUUUUAAAUCAGUUUUAAGAGGGACCCUUUCCUCCUAGGGUUUUACUCUCCAAAUCAACACCUUUUUUCAUUCCUUUAAUUGAGGAAUUUUCUAAGAGAUCUGAGUUGCAUCUAUCAUAUAGAGAACCCUUCUCACUCCACCUCCUGUAGAAAACCCAGCCUUUCCCAGGGACUUCUCUAGGUCUGCCCUCCUGGGAUUUAAGAUUUUUUUUGUGGGGGUCCUCUUUAGGGAUCAUCCCCUCACAAUUCUUCCCUCCCCACCACCUAUCAGGUGCUUUCAGGGGAACCUUUGAACUUCUUUCAGGGGUUUCUUGAUCCUAGUCCCUUCUUCUGGCCCCAGUGUUCACCUCAUAGGGUCCAGUUCCCAGCCAGCUCAGGCCUGGCCCCCACCAGCCCUCCCGCAUGCAGCCCCGAGCUCUCUCGAAGCCCCCUGCCUCCCAGUCCCUCCUCAGAGGCUGCCCAGGGCACCUGUGCCCAAGGCAGUGCCAUUGCCAGACCUUGCUGAUCCUGGCCUGGCCUCACCUUCCUGCUCCCCGAUAAGAGAGGCCAGGGGCUCCUGCUUGUUGCCCCCAGCUCCUAUCCUGUGUCUCUUUCCUGAUGCCUCCUGCCCAGACCUGCUUGGUUUUGGCUCCUGUAAUCCUUGUCUAGGGGCCCCUUGGCCUAAGCCUCUUUGACUUUCCCUUGUCUGCCGGAAUCCCCCUUUUCUCUUCCCUCUUCUCCAUCCUGGGGGAGAGGAACCUUCCUGAGGCACCAUGCUGAAGUGCAUCCCCUUGUGGCGGUGUAACCGGCAUGUGGAGUCAGUGGACAAGCGGCACUGCUCACUGCAGGCUGUUCCAGAAGAGAUCUAUCGCUACAGCCGCAGCCUGGAGGAGCUGCUGCUUGAUGCCAACCAGCUGAGGGAGCUACCUAAGCCUUUCUUCCGCUUGCUGAAUCUUAGAAAAUUGGGCCUGAGUGACAAUGAGAUUCAGAGGCUGCCACCUGAGGUGGCUAACUUCAUGCAGCUGGUGGAGCUUGAUGUCUCCCGAAAUGACAUCCCUGAGAUACCUGAGAGCAUCAAGUUUUGCAAGGCCCUGGAGAUUGCAGACUUCAGUGGGAAUCCCCUGUCCAGGCUCCCUGAUGGCUUCACCCAGUUGCGCAGCUUAGCUCAUCUUGCCCUGAAUGAUGUGUCCCUGCAGGUGCUGCCAGGAGAUGUGGGCAAUUUGGCUAACUUGGUGACCUUAGAGCUACGGGAGAACCUGUUAAAGUCCCUUCCCACGUCUCUGUCCUUCCUUGUCAAACUGGAACAGUUGGAUCUAGGUGGCAAUGACUUGGAAGUGCUGCCAGACACUCUGGGAGCCCUUCCUAAUUUGCGAGAGCUGUGGCUGGACCGAAAUCAGCUAUCUACACUGCCUCCGGAGUUGGGGAACCUUCGGCGCUUGGUGUGCCUAGAUGUGUCUGAAAACAAACUGGAGCAGCUGCCGGCUGAGGUCAGCGGGCUCACCCUGCUCACGGACCUCUUACUGUCCCAGAACCUGCUUGAGCGGCUCCCGGAUGGCAUCGGUCAAUUGAAACAGCUCUCCAUUCUGAAAGUGGAUCAAAAUCGGCUUUGUGAGGUUACCGAGGCCAUUGGAGAGUGUGAGAACUUAUCAGAGCUCAUCCUCACUGAGAACAUGCUGACGGCACUUCCCCGGUCCUUGGGGAAGCUAACUAAACUGACUAAUCUGAAUGUGGACCGAAACCGGUUAGGAACACUCCCUGCCGAGGUUGGUGGCUGUACCAGUCUGAAUGUGCUUUCCCUUCGUGACAACCGCUUGGCCUCUCUGCCCCCUGAACUGGCUGGCACCACUGAGCUACAUGUGCUGGAUGUGGCAGGGAACCGGCUGCAGAGUUUGCCCUUCGCCCUCACCCACCUCAACUUGAAGGCCCUGUGGCUGGCAGAGAACCAGGCUCAGCCCAUGCUCAAGUUCCAAACAGAGGAUGAUCAGAAGACUGGGGAGAAGGUGCUCACCUGCUACUUGUUGCCCCAGCAGCCCUCACCUAGCCUUGACACUCUGCUGCAAAGCAGCCUGGAUGAGAGCUGGAGUGGCAGCCACAGUCAUGUGAACCGGGUCAGCGUGAUCCAGUUCUUGGAAGAGCCCAUGGGUAUGGAGGAUGAGGAGCCUGGGGCAGAGAAGAGGGGUCUGCAGCGAAGAGCUACUCCUCACCCCAGCGAGUUGAAGGUUAUGAAGAAAGUGAUUGAGGAUCGACGUAAUGAGGCCUACACGGCAAAGCCUGAUUCAGAGCAGAUAUUGCCCACUGAAGAGGAAAAGAGGCUGAGCUCUCAGUCCCACCAGAGCAUGGACUCACAUGUGUCCACCAGCACAGCCUCAGCAGGCAUUCUGGAAGAGGAAGAAGAAGAGGCGGAGCAGAAGCAGGGGCAAACAUCAGAAAGGGAGACAAGUCACAGAGCCAAUGAGGAGGAGGUGGAAAUUAUGGCAGCUGGCCAUGAGGAGGAAGUAGAGGAGGAAUAUGAUGAGCCCACCGUGCACUUUGCAGAGGACACACUGGUACGGAGUGAAGAUGAGGAUGAAGCUGAAGAACUGCGGCCCCCACCUGGGGAAAGGCAAAGGCUGAUCCGGAAAGAUACUCCCCAUUACAAGAAGCACUUUAAAAUCACCAAGCUGCCCAGGCCUGAGGCUGUGGUGGCCUUGCUUCAGGGGCUGUCAGGGGAUGGAGAUGGGGAGAUAGCCCCAGCAGGCUGUAGCAAUGGCCCCCAUGAUCCGCAUGAGCAGCGGCCUCUCCCUUGGGGCCAGCAUGCUGAAAUGAACAAGGAAGAGGACAAUGAACCUGAUGAAGAGAAGAAUGGGGCAGUGGCUGCCCCACCUUCUGUCAAGGGGGUGUCGUUUGACCAGGCCAAUAACCUGCUGAUAGAGCCUGCUCGCAUUGAGGAGGAAGAGCUGACACUAACAAUCCUGCGGCAGACAGGUGGCCUGGGGAUCAGCAUCGCAGGGGGGAAGGGCUCCACCCCAUACAAGGGAGACGACGAGGGCAUAUUCAUCUCUCGAGUGUCAGAGGAAGGUCCUGCAGCCCGGGCUGGGGUUCGAGUCGGGGACAAACUGCUAGAGGUGAAUGGUGUAACCCUCCAAGGGGCUGAGCACCAUGAGGCUGUGGAGGCACUUCGGGGUGCAGGUGGGGCAGUACUGAUGAGAGUCUGGCGGGAACGGAUGGUGGAGCCAGAGAAUGCAAUCACAGUCACUCCUUUGCGUCCUGAGGAUGACUAUAGUCCCCGGGAGAGGCGGGGAAGUGCCCUUCGUCUGCCUGAACCUUCCAGCACCCCUGGCCCUCCUCGACAAAGGCAUACUACCUUCCUGGUCAGAAGUGAAAGAGGCCUGGGCUUCAGCAUUGCUGGUGGCAAAGGCUCCACACCCUACCGAGCAGGAGAUGGGGGAAUCUUCAUCUCAAGGAUUGCUGAAGGUGGGGCUGCCCACCGGGCAGGCACAUUGCAGGUUGGGGACCGAGUAAUCUCAAUCAAUGGGGUAGACAUGACAGAGGCCAGGCAUGACCAGGCAGUCGCACUGCUUACUGCUGCCUCCCCCACCAUCACGCUGCUGCUGGAACGAGAGGCUGAUGGGCCUCUCACCCCUGCCCCACCACUCAGCUCCCCUCUACCCCCCAGCCCUGUCACACCCAUGGCAAUUGGGGAGCCUGGGCCCCCUCCUAGCCUCAUGGCCACCACUCUAGAAGGACCAUAUCCUGUGGAGGAAAUUUGCCUGGUGAAGGCUGGUGGGCCUCUGGGGCUGAGUAUUGUUGGAGGCUCUGACCAUUCCAGCCACCCAUUUGGGAUCCAGGAGCCUGGUGUGUUCAUCUCUAAGGUGCUUCCUCGGGGAUUGGCUGCUAGAAGUGGGCUGCGUGUGGGUGAUCGAAUUCUGGCAGUGAAUGGGCAAGAUGUUCGAGGGGCUACACACCAGGAAGCUGUGAAUGCCUUACUCAGCCCUAGCCCUGAGUUGUGUCUGCUGGUGCGGAGGGAUCCUCCCCCACCAGGCAUGAAGGAGAUCUGCAUUGAAAAGGCCCCUGGGGAGAAGCUGGGGAUCAGCAUACGAGGUGGGGCCAAAGGUCAUGCUGGGAACCCCUUUGAUCCCACUGAUGAAGGUGUCUUCAUCUCCAAGGUGAGCCCAGCAGGUGCAGCUGGGCGAGAUGGCCGUCUUCGUGUGGGGAUGCGGCUUCUCGAGGUGAAUCAGCAGAGCCUGUUGGGCCUGACACACACUGAAGCAGUGCAGCUACUUCGUGGUGUUGGAGACACCCUCACAGUGCUCGUCUGUGAUGGCUUUGACCCUGUCGCUGCUGCAGCCCUUGAGUUGUCCCCAGGUGUCAUUGCCAACCCCUUUGCUGCUGGUGUUGGGCGCAAAAACAGCCUGGAGAGCAUCUCAUCCAUUGACCGAGAUGUGAGCCCUGAAGACCUGGACAAGACUCUUAGUCCAGAACCUCUGAGGCUGGAUUACCGAACCCUGGCUGCUUUGCCUGGGAGCAGCAGUAUCCAGAGAAUCAAUUCUAGGGUUUCUCCAGGGGCCAUAGGAAACCCUCUUGAUGUCCCCCGCUCUCCUAGUAGCCAACAGCCACCUGCCUCCCCCCGACCCUUCCACCUGGUGGGCAGGGAGACCCGCUUUGCCUCCAUCAGCUUCCUGCCCUCCCAGGAGGAGCACAAAUCCACUAAACCUGGGGUAAUCCAACCUCGGCCAUGGCCAGUGGGAUCUACUGCAUCUGGUGGUAGAGACAGCCCCAACCCCUUCCAGUCUUCACCCUUGCCCCGGGCCUACCGCCCCAGCUCCCCUCGUACCUGUCCUCCAUCCCCACCCUCCCCCAGUGAAUUCCCUGUCAAUGUUAAGCAGGCCUACAGGACUUUCGCAGCUGUGCCCCUCCCCCACCCUCUGACAGAGGCUCAGGAGCUGCACAAGUGGCCAGGCCCAGAGUGGCUCCAAGUUUCCCCAGAGGUGGUAUCUCCUGGUAGUGCUGCCAGCCCAGAACAGUUGUCUUUCCGUGAGAGACAGAAAUACUUUGAGCUGGAGGUGAGGCCUCCCCAGGCUGAUGGUCCACCAAAGAGGGUAUCCCUGGUUGGUGAGGAUGACCUGAAGAAAAUGAAGGAAGAGGAAGCACGGAAGCUACAGCAGAAACGGGCCCUACUUCUUCAGGAAGAGGAAGAAGAGGAGGCAGAGGAAGUUGUAGCAACUGCCCCUGCCCCUGCCCAAGUGGAGGGUCUGGAGUCCCUGGGAGAACAGAAGAGAUGCCUCCCUCAAACUGAGCCCCCCAAUUCCCAGAGGAACUCACUGGAAGAAGGUUCCCAACAAGAGCCACGGCCCAACUGCCCAGCGAGGCUGAGCCCCAUGUCAUUGGGGGGCGGGGAAUUGGGCGCCCCAGUCCGGACAGCUAAGGCUGAGCGACGGCAGCAGGAGCGAUUGCGCAUGCAGAGUCCAGAACUCCUGAGUGGGCCUGAACGGGAGCUGUCCCCAGCUGAACGACGAGCUCUGGAGGCAGAGAAGAGGGCACUCUGGCGGGCAGCCAGACCCUCAACUUUGGACGACAGCCUUAGGGACUACGAGCAGGACCUGGCCCGUAGACUCUACCGGGCCCGCCAGCAGGGUCUUCCACUCAGACCUACCCCCCGAGCUGGGCCAGGAAGUCCUGCCCCAAGGAUGAAGUCCCUGGAACAGGAUGCCCUACGAGCCCAGAUGGUCAUCGCCAAAUCUCAAGAAGGAAGGGGAAAACGGAGUCCCCUUGGCCAGCUGACAGAGGCCCCCUCACCUGCACCCACUCCCUCACCAACACCACUUGAAGGUGGUAGGGGUGGGGAAGGUGAUCUUAGCCCCAGGAUUGUCACCUCCCCUGGCAGGCUGUCCUUGUCUGAAAAGAAGUUUGACUACCGGGAAUUUGCUGCUCUUCCUUCUUCCAGGCCUGUAUAUGAUAUCCAGUCUCCAGAUUUGCCAGAGGACCUGAAAUACCUGGAAGACAGCCUCAGUCCUGGCCUCCAGGAAGAGGAUGGAGAGGUAGAGCAAGUGUUGCUGGGGCCCCCUGGACCCAAUCCUACAGCCCUGGAGGAAGUAACUCUCUGCAGUACCCGUCGAAAACUUCGGCAUGAACGACGUGGCCUGGACCCUGUGCCCUCCUAGGCCCCCUAAAGGGGAGAAGGAAUGGGGGAGGGCCUUGGACCCUGUGUCCUCUUAGGCUCUCCAAAAAGGGGAGAGGAACCUGAAGCCACGCCCUCCUAAAACCCCAAGAGGUUUGAGGGGAGUGGCGGGGACCUCUUGGCCCCAUAAACUCAACUGGAGUAGGGGGGAAGAAAAGGGUCUAGAUCCCAUGCUCUCCUAGACUCCCAGGGCACAUUUUCUUCCCCCAUCCCCACCGAAGGAGCUUAUGGAUGUUGGGAAGUUUGUAAAUUGUGUCUAGGGAAUGAGAGAGCAAAAGUCUGUACCCUAACACCAGCCACACUGUGCUGGCCCCUUCCUCAGUGUCUGAUCUGGUGUGUAAGGGAACCAGCCAAUGGUAGGGUCACAGUGGAUGCUGCUUUGUCUGGGCUCCAUGUUUGACCCCCUGGGGUAGGGAUGAGCAGGUUCAGCCCUCGGCCUCAGACCUUUCCCCCCAGCUGUGGCUAUUCCUUUGAGCUGAAUCAAUGGUGACCUCCUAUCCCCACGAAACUGGAUCAUUUUAAUAGGAUUUUGGUUUCCCUUUGAUUGGGGGUGGUGGUGGGGCAGGCAUUUAUCACAAAUCAUUGUUCAUUGCUCCCCCUCCCCAUUCCCCGCAUCCCUGGGAGUUUUUUCUAACUCGGUUUUAGCAUUUUAACUCAAACUGUUGGGAGCCCCCUGGCUCAGCUUCAGUAACUAACUUGUGUCUUCCCUUACCACCCCCCCCUCACUUCCCCUCUCCCCCCAAAAAAAACCUGGUACUGGGCGUGUCACACGCCAGGGAAGCUAGCAUCAAGACUGUAACUAGUGACAUUUGUACAACCAAAGAAAUCUAUUUUGUGGUUUAAGGAUAAUAAAGUUUACUUUACAUUUUA